AUGGCUGCUUCUGCUGCUGCUAGUCACCUCGUGUUCUUUUCUCGCCGUCUUUUGAAGGACUCGCGCAGAGGCUUGUUCCUUUUGCCCGUCUUUCUGGCUUUUGUGAGCUCGGUUUUCUUCUUCUUGUCGUCCACAUCAAGACUGCAUGUUAGUUCGAGACAAACGCGGCCUAAUGUGGAUCCACCUCUCGAGUACUCGAAAAUUAGCCCUCGACUGAUUGGAAGAGGCGUGACUACGCGACAGGUUAGGAUUAAUCAUUCUGUUACAUCUCAAGAACGUGUCGAGUUACAUGAAAGAUUCGCGACUGCGAAUGAUGGUGGCUCGGAGAUCGGCUUUGGAGGACUCGGGAUGGCAGAGAAUGUGAAAGUGGGGUCAUUUGACGACAAUAAGGAAAACGGCGAUGUCUUUCACGACCGGGCGCUCUUCAUGGAAGAAUACAAGCAGAUGAAAAAGAGCUUCAAAAUCUACGUGUACCCACACGAAAAAAACGACCCUUUCGCCAACGUGCUUUUGCCCGAGGACUCGGUUCCCGGCGGGAACUAUGCAAGCGAAAGCUACUUCAAAAAGGGUCUCUUCAUGAGCGGUUUCCUUACAGACGACCCCUCGCAGGCCGACCUCUUUUACCUCCCGUUCUCCAUCGCGAGCUUGAGGCAGGACCCUCGGGUUGGUGUUGCCGGUAUUCAGGAUUUUAUUAAGGACUACAUUUCGAACAUAAGUAGAAGUUACCCCUUCUGGAACCGGACGGGUGGGGCUGACCACUUUUACGUCGCGUGCCAUUCGAUCGGGCGCUCGGCCAUGGAGAAAGCCAUUGAAGUGAGAUUGAACGCGAUUCAAGUGGUGUGCUCGUCGAGCUAUUUUUUAUCGGGAUACAUUGCUCAUAAGGAUGUGUCUAUACCGCAGAUUUGGCCGAGGAAUGACGAUUUUGCUCCGACUCGUUCCUUAUCUAAAAGGAAAAGGCUGGGAUUCUACGCGGGGGCCAUGAACUCUCGGGUGCGCAAGUCUCUGGUGAGCACGUGGGGCAACGACUCGGAGAUCUCGGUCCACGAGGCGCGGGUGAAGAGCGCGUACUCGGAGGCUCUACUUGGGAGCAAGUACUGCAUCCACGCCAAGGGGUUUGAGGUGAACACGGCGCGAGUGGCGGACGCCAUCUACUAUGGGUGUGUCCCGGUCGUGGUGGCCGACCAUUAUGAGCUCCCGUUUGGGGACGUGCUCGACUGGUCUCGGUUCGCGGUAGUUGUGGCAGAGGCAGACAUACCGUACCUGAAGAGGAUACUUGAGGAGGAGGAGGAGGAGUACGUGAGGAUGCAGGGGAAUGUGAUGAGUGUUAGGGAGCAUUUCCAGUGGCAUCAUGUGCCGGCCGAUUACGACGCCUUUCACAUGGUCAUGUAUCAGCUGUGGCUCAGGAGGAGUAGGAUUAGGAUCUCAUCUUGA